AUGAAAAGCUUACAGCAACAAGAAAGUUUACAGAUCACAUUGAAAAAGCAGAGGGAGCAUCACCUCUACAUUCAGUGCAUUAAAGAAGGCAGGGAAGAACAUCAGUCUAUUCAGCUUCCUGAGUCACCUGUUAGACCCUGUUCCACAGAUUUCCUCAAAACUCACUACACUUUUGACUUCGCGCAAUGUGUGUCUGUACCUCAUCAUUCCAGACAAGUAGGGCCAGUAUUCUUUGAGACACCACGGAAAAUUCAGAUCUUUGGAAUUUGUAUGGAGGGAGUAGGAUCUCAGCGAAAUUAUUUGAUUGAUGAAGACCAGACCAUUGGAAGAGAUGGAAAGAAUGCCCAUGGGCCAAAUACAGUCAUCAGCAUACUUCAUCACCAUUUUCAAAAUUAUAGCAUGGGAGAGAAAUGUGCUGUUCUUCACUGUGAUAACUGUCCAGGUCAAAACAAAAACCGGUAUGUGAUUGGAUAUUUGCUAUGGCGGGUCAUGAUUGGGCUACAUCGAGCAAUUGAACUUCACAUGCAGAUACCAGGGCAUACAAAAUGUCAAGUGGAUGCAGGCUUUGCUCAGAUCAAAAAGAAGUACAGGAGCACUGCUGCCUGGAGUUGUAUUAUGCAGCGUUGAUGUAGAUGGCGACAAGGUCCCAGUAAUCCUCAGUAAUCACGACCAAAUCAGUGUAAAUCUACCACCAGAGAUAAUGCCGGGCGGACUCAGUAGAGAACGACAGGAAUAUUUAUACAAACAUAUCAGACCUCAUGUCCGGGAAUGUUUCAGGGACACAACAU